AUGACAACUUAUUUCAAUAAUAAACUUUCCGGUAUAGAGAAGAAUUUCUCAGAUACUACAGAUACGUUAGUAAAGAGAGCAAAGAAGGCAGAGAAUACCUUUAAAUUUAAGGGGAAUCAGUUACAAUUUGAGCUUAACUCUGACAUUCAAGACAGUAUAAGCACGGCAAUUGGCUACAUUGAGGAGAAUCGACCUAAAAAGGCAGUUAGGGUUUUAGAAGAUUCGUCUGUCCAGCUCAAGAAGAGAAAUAAAUUAAUUAGAAUCGCGGAUAAGUCCGAGGGCGGUUGGAGAACGGUGAAUGAAUACCUUUCAGAUGAAGUGGCCAGUGACUCGGAAGACGAGAAAAGAAUACGCGCCGCAGAUAACAGGGCAGUUAAAAAGAUCAAAGCAGAGAAGACAGAUAAACGCAGCAGUAGAAAGCGUCCGGCAGAAGCAUCUGGUUCAACAGCUCAAAUGGCACAUAAUGGUACAGGUGGUUCUGAUGCUACAUUUCGCCUGCAGCCCUUUCGAGGGGGCUUGGCCGCCAGCGGCCAAAGUUUCGGCAACCAAAAUAGCUUCAAGACCUCAGACGUCUGUUACAACUGUGGCAGCCGCAUGCAAGGGCACUGGGCAAGAGACUGCAGGAAGGGAAAGGCAAGGACAGGACCUUCCAGAGGAUCUUCUUCUUAA